CCAACACAAUGUUUACAACCACCAGGCUGUCAAAUGGUUCACUGUAAUAGCUGUUCAUCAAUCGAUAUAUCCGAUAUUAUUUGUCAAAAGACGAUUGAGUCAUGCUGGUAGCGGAAUAAAUGAUUUCUACCGUAAACCAGAGUCCUGCCCAACUGAGAAGGCCUUUCAGAAGUUUUCAUAGAAGAAUCCUUUUAGAGGAUUUGCAGUGUCCAGAUGGUGUGGGUGUUCAUCAUGAACCGGAUGGGCUCUCAGUGCAGUUCGUCAGCCCAGAGGAGACGUAUGGCCCUUGGAGUAGUAAUACUCCUCCUGGUUGAUGUCAUCUGGGUAGCCUCCUCUGAGCUUACCUCAUAUAUAUUCAAGCAUCAAGAGUACAACAAGCCCUUCUUUAGCACAUUCACCAAAACGUCCAUGUUUGUGCUGUACUUAAUGGGCUUCCUGCUGUGGCGGCCUUGGAGGCAGCAGUGCACAGGCACCCUGCAACGGAGACGCUCUGCAUUUUUUGCAGAUGCUGAGGCCUAUUUUGCUCCUUGCACCACAGAAUCCAUUGUGAACAACUCUUUGAGUGAACCCCUGUAUGUUCCUGUGAAGUUUCAGGAUAUGCCAGCAGAGAAUUCAUACCGUUUCAGUGGAGACUCUCAGACCUCCCCCAAAAAGCAGCGUGUGCGUUUUAGCAAUAUCAUGGAAGUACGGCAACUGCCCUCCACUCAAGCUCUGGAGGCAAAGCUGUCUCGGAUGUCCUAUCCAGCUGCCAAGGACCAUGAGACCAUGCUUCGCACCAUGGGCAAGCUGACUGUCACUGAUGUGGCCAAAAUCAGUUUCUUUUUCUGUUUUGUGUGGUUUCUAGCCAACCUAUCCUACCAGGAGGCACUGUCCGACACGCAAGUUGCCAUAGUGAAUAUUCUGUCAUCCACUUCAGGCCUGUUUACUCUCAUCCUGGCAGCCAUAUUUCCCAGUAACAGCAGUGACCGCUUCACCUUGUCCAAACUGUUAGCUGUGGCUCUGAGCAUGGGAGGUGUUGCCCUGGUCAGUUUUUCCAGCAUGGACAACCCUGAUGGAAAAGGUGUCACAGGUUCUUUGUGGUCAUUGGCAGGGGCUGCGCUGUAUGCUGUCUACAUUGUCAUGAUAAAGAGAAGGGUGGACCGUGAAGAUAAACUGGACAUUCCCAUGUUCUUUGGGUUUGUGGGUCUUUUCAAUCUGCUGCUUCUGUGGCCCGGUUUCCUCCUGCUCCACUAUACCGGGUUCGAGGCUUUUGAGCUGCCCAGCCAGCUGGUGUGGACGUACAUCCUCAUCAACGGCCUCAUCGGAACCGUCCUCUCCGAGUUCCUAUGGCUCUGGGGCUGUUUCCUCACCUCAUCCCUCAUAGGGACUCUCGCAUUGAGUCUCACCAUCCCUCUUUCUAUUAUGGCAGAUAUCUGCAUGCAGAAGGUGCGUUUCUCCUGGCUGUUUUUUGCUGGAGCAGUCCCAGUGUUCCUCUCCUUCUUCAUCGCCACUCUCCUGUGCCACUACAACAACUGGGAUCCCGCCAUGGUGGGGCUAAGGAGAGUGUUUGCGUUCAUCUGCCGCAAACACCGCAUUCAGAGAUUGCCAGAAGAGAGCGAACAGUGCGAAAGCCUUAUUCCUCUACAUGUCGUCUCCCCUGAUGAUGGAAGCUUCUGCUCAUGAUCCAAUGACUAAUCACAAAGUGGCGAACCUGAAGCUUGGAGGAGGUGACAAUCUUGGAGCUAUCAGAAAGAGAUGUUGAAACUACCCCAGUGCCUCUUAUAAGCUUAUUUAUUUUCUACCCUGUUGGGAAGACUGACCCUUGUCAACAAAUUCAUCUCCCCCCCCCCCCUUUUAAAUUUUCUACACUUGCGUAGCUGUUGGACUGAAAUUCUCAGCUUUUGUUUUUUCCAGUGUUCCGGUGUAAAGAGGAACUUUACGGUACUCGAGGUGCUGGACUUAAUCAGUAUUUAGAAUAGUGUCAUAUGGCCACUUGAAAUGGUACAAGUUCAGCUGGAUGAUAAUGUUAACAGUGGGAGGUGCAUCCAUGUUCUGUAAAGGGUCUGACCCAACAGAAGUUUUUUUUUGUUUUUUUUUCUCCUGUUGAUUUAGGGGAGGGAAUGGCUCUGACUAGUAAAGUGUCAAAAUGUGUUUGCAGGCCUGUAUGAUCAAAGCAGCCAGACUUCAGAUUCACAAACUGCAAAAGAUUAUGGAGGGUUCAAAAGGACCAGAACUUAACUCAUGGUUUGCAAGCCAUUCCAGGUUAUUCAAGACAAUGUCAUCCAUGUAACCUGAUCAAAGAAGCUGCCCGUGAGUAUUCAGGGCUCUUUUCCCUGGUAGAGAGCAAAUCCAGUCAUGAGGCCUCUUCUGAUGGUAUUUGUAUCACCAGGGUUAGAUUUAUGAUGAUGGUCAUUACCUAUUCACCGCAUUCAAUUUCAUACUGUCCUGAACAACAGGAACCCUGCACCAGCUAAAAUCCUUGCCCUCUCUAAUUCCACCUGUAUUUCCAUUUUAAGUGUGACCUGAACAUUCACAGAGAUUCACAGGAAAAUACUAGCAGAGGUAAUGUCUUGCCUCUUGAUUGUCCAAUUGGGAUUUUCAAAUGUACAGUUUAAGGAGAGAUUCUUAAGACAGGUUAUAGACAGUUACACAAAUAAUUUGCUAGAUUUAAAAGGGUGCAACUGUUCCAACACAGUGACAAGUCCAAGGUACUCAGCCUGGGCAUUUUGGGUUAAACCGAAUAUUUGGAGUGACCUUGUAAAUGAUAUGUUUUGUGAGAUCUUAAGCACAGGUCUCAUGUCCUUCAGAUGAUACUUAAUACUGCCAGGGGAGAGUUCUAGACUAUAAUAACUGUCGGCAGAAAGUAGCCAUCAUUUCUUUUUAAGUACAGAACUAGGAUUGAUUUAGGUUAAGGAAUCCUGUGCAAGUCCGUUAUUAGAAAUGAAGAGAAAUGAAAGCACAUGUACAUCCCACGGACCAUUUGCUGGAACAGCUUUCCUGUCAUACCUUGUUCCUAACCACAUUAGUCUGACAAUGCUGGAUCAUUAAGACAAACUGUGAUUGAGUUGUGUGUGGGUUUUAACCACAUGUUUGAAUGUGAACUAUCACAAACCCGUCCCCACGAUAAGCUACAACAAUAGUCAUUGCAGAUGAACGGUUUCCAUUUCAACAUGGCGGUAAAUUUCGUGCACAAUGAGACAUUAACUAAGUAUUGAUGUUCUAUUGUGGAUUUAAGACAAACCACUUAAGAGUCCUGUUGGUGAGAAAGCAUACUCUAUUGCUUUGCAGUCUUACAUUUCUCGUGCCCAGUGCAAGCGUUCAACACUAUUCAGACGUUUCAUUGAUGGAAACAAUUGCAGAAAAAAUUUUGGUUAGCAGCCAAAUUACUUGUUUAGUUGCAGCUGAGAUUACAACUUUCCUUGAUUGGACAGUGUGCCAUGAUUAUUGUCUAAUAAUGACUUUGUAUUUAAUGUUGAUUUUAUCUUAAAUCUGCCCCUAUGUAUUAGUGAUUUCAUGUGAUGUGUAUAGAAAAAGCAUUUACACUACAUUUGUAUUAGCCUCAAUGUCUGUCACGUAACCCAGGAUGCCCACACUACAUUGUACAAUUGAAGGCAAGUUAUCAAUGUUAUUCCUCUAUUGCUGACAACUGUGUAUGCAUCUUUAUGGAGUGUUUGUGUUGCAUUCUUCACAGACGGGAGACAGUUUAUGACUGGACUGAAGUGGCAGAAGUGAUAACCCUCCUGUACAGCUAAAGGAUUGGGUUGAGCACUUUGAGUGAAAGCUCUAGCCUUUUCUAACAUAUUUUUUGUAAUGCAAACCAAAUGUCUACAAUGAUUGAAAUUAUUCAGCACAAAAUCUGGGUGUUUUAGGAAGCACAUGUUGAAAAAUAUUUCCACCGCUCAUGUUGUCUGUGUGUAGACUGACCUUUUAUUAUUGGUGCUUAUAGAAACAUGGAUAUUAUUUUAAGGUUUUUUGUUUUUUUUUGCUUUCUCAGGUACUGUUUUUAUCAGCACGAUGUUCUUUGUUUUUGAAGUGUAAUUCAUGGUCAUGUUUUCUGAAGAUUUUAAACAAGGCCAACGGUGAUGGUAUCUCCACAUUCACCAACAUAAGCGCUUGAAUUCUCUAUCACUUUACAUAAGCCUGUUUUCAUAAUUAACGCUGCACUAUUAAAACUACAUUUUUUU